AUGGGCAUGAAAGCUAUGACGGGUUUCCUCCAGGCCGGGGUAUACAAGGGGGGUAUUGGGCCGGAGGGUAUUGGUGGAUGGGUGGGGCUGCUGAGGUACGUGGCUGAAUCGCUUGGUUCGCUGGGGGGUUGUUGGCUGGACGAGGCGGCACCGCGGCGGCGGGGAAGGAAACAUGGUGGAAGCGGGGGACCGGAAGGAGGAAGCGAACGGAAGCGGAGGCAGCGUCGGCACGCGGACGGCGCAAGGCGGCCGAGGAGGCACGGGACGGCCCCGGCGGCCGUCCGGCGGCGCCGGGGGCGGCCGCGGCGGCCGGCGGCCCCGGAGGACGCGGAGGCGCAGGCGGACCGAGGCACGGAGGCAGGGACGGGCGACAGGGCUGGCGAGGGGCCAGCGGCGGAGCAGGGCGGACAGGCGGGCAGGGAGGAAAGCGGAGGAAAACAGGCGGCACGCGGAGCGCGACGUGCGGAAUGGCAGGCGGCCAAGGCGGCAAAGCGGCCGCGGGAGAGGAGGCGACGGAGACCCCGAGGGGGCACUCGGGUGAGGCUAAAGGUGGCAGCUGCGGGAACAAGGAGGCCGCGCCAGGAAGCGGAGGCCCCGGAGGCCGAGGAGGUCGUGCGGCCGCGGCGGAAGCGGGGCACGCUGGAAGAGGAGGCCGAGGAGGACAGGAGGACCCGGCGGACGGAGCAGGAACCGGGGGGUGGACCGUGGCUGGCACACGGAGGCCGGCGGCGGUCGCAGGGCGGCCUCGGGGACGGACGAGGAGGCCAGGGGAGCGCACAGGAGGCGCCGGGGAGGAGCAGAGGGCAGAGAGCAGGAAGCCACGGAGGAAAGGAGGCAGACGCCCCGGGGGCGCCGGGCGGCCCCGGCUGCUGCGCGGCUGACCCGGCGGCCGACUCGGCGGGCGUUGGAGGGGCCCGGAGGAAACUGGGAGAGGCCGCGGCGGAGCACGCCGGAGCAGCGGGGCGGACCCGGCGGAGCCGGCUGCCCCGGGCGGGGGCGGCCGACGGACGGAAACGCGUGGGAGGCAGGCUGCGGAGCCGGCGGACAGGUCGGCAACGGGGAGGGAAGGGCCGGGAGGAGGAAAGGACGGAAACGGGGAAGAGGCGGAGCAGGCGAGGGGCAAGAGGCGGAACAGGGAGGGACGCGGAGGAAACGGGAGGAAAGGGAAGGCAAGGGCGGGCAGAGGCGGCCACACUGAGGAACGGCCGGCACGCGGAGGAAAGGUGGACGGGGGGACCACGGGCGGCUCGAGGCGGCAAAGGAGGACCGGGAGGGAGGGAGAGCAGGAAGGAACCGCACAGGAGGACGCGGCGGAAAAGGGAGGAAGAGUGA